AUGAUAGUUGCACCCCCAUCGCCCCAAGACAUCCUCCUCUACCGCUACCAGCACGCUACAAACCUAGGCUCCGUCUUCGUGCUAGAACGAUGGCUCCGUAGCAGCAUGUACGACGACGACACGCCCGGCUCCAGUGAAAUAGAAGCCAUAAAACGAUCCAUACAAGUCCGCGGCCUGUACGAAACUCGCGCAAAAUGGGAAACCCUCUGGCUAACAGCCCUAUCCGAUGACGACCUGCACUGGCUCAAGCACACCGCGCGGUGCAACUCCAUCCGUCUCCCGAUAGGUUACUUCACACUUGGCCCUGCGUUUUGUAUUGGUACAGAUUUUGACGGCGAGCCGGGACAGGUCUACCUGAACUGCUGGAACACUGUCAAGCAUCUAAUUGAGAAAUGCUACACACACGGCAUCGGGGUACUAAUCGACUUCCACGCCGUUCCUGGAGGUGCGAAUAGCGAAAGCCAUAGCGGGACUGAUACUGGGAGGGCUGACUUCUGGAGAAACGAGCACUACCGCACUCUAGCAAGAGAUUGCAUCGCAUUCGUCAUUCAAGAAGUCAAGUUCCACGCUCUCCACGGCGUUAUCGGCAUUGAACUAUGCAAUGAAGCAGCCUGGGAUCCACCAGGGAUGCACGAAUGGUACGAUGAGGUCAUUGAAGUCGCUAGUGCUAUCGAUUCAUCUAUACCGAUCUACAUCAGUGAUGCGUGGAAUCUCUCCGCUGCGCUGCAGUACGCCAUGGGCAAAAACAAUACCACCCUACCCUUUGACAGAAGCCCUGUUAUCGUGGAUACGCACAAGUACUACUGUUUCACCGAAGACGACAGAAACAUGCACCCAAACGCGAUUCGCGAGCGUGUUGCUAAUGAACUGGCUGAACUGGCUGAACGGCAGGGCAAUGUCUUCGACCGUAAAUCAGCAGUCGAAGUGUAUAUCGGAGAGUAUAGCUGCGCUAUGGACCAGCAUACAUUUGACCAUGCUGACCCCUCGCAACGGCCUGAGUUGACGGUUGCAUUUGGAAAUGAGCAGAGCCGGACGUGGUCGUCCAAAGCAUCGGGCUCCGCCUUUUGGACCUUCAAAAUGGACUGGAUGGAUGGUGGGGAUUGGGGGUUCAAGGAACAGGUUAAUACGGGCGCGAUCCCGGCGCCUCCGUGGCUGGCCCUUUCGCGAGACGAAGUGCACGCGAGGCUAAGGCAAGCUGAUAUUCAAAGAACUGAUCGCCAUGAAGAAGCCUAUUCUCAACACAUCGGAUACUGGGACUCCGUGGCCCCGGGUGUACACUUCGAACAUGACCGCUAUUCUCGCGGGUGGGAUCUCGGAUACGCGGAUGCAGGGUGGUAUUUUGGUGCGUUGGUCAACGGCAUAAUCCCCGGCCAACGCGAGGGAGGGGAGAAAAUCGGUGCCCUUGACCUCUGGGUUCGGAAGAGGAUCACCGAAACGAACGAGGUUAAUCAGGACAUGGGCUGGGAGUGGGAGCAUGGGUUUCGGAAGGGUAUUAACGAUUUUUACUCUGUUGUUGGGGUUUAG